UCAAAUCAAACACGCUGCAAAUUCUGUAGAGAGAGAAAAAAAGUAGAAGAGAUGGAAAUCGCUGAAGAUGGAUCCGCCACCACGAUGACCACGGCGGUUCCGGUGAAGGAAAAACACAAAAAGCUUAAAAAGCUUACAAUCGACGAUUACCUCGAUUUCAUUGACGGCCGCACUCACCACCACCAUCUCACCGUCCCCCAACUUUUACAGAUCCUUUCCAUGCAUGGUUACAUCAAGAGCAGCGCUCAAAAGAGCGUUUUGAUCGAUAUGAUAACAACAAUGGAACUGAUGGAUCUCCACCGCUCGACGCUGCUGGACGGCGCCGUAUCAGGUGGUGAUGAUGCCGCCUUCACAAUGGAGGAAGCGAUCAAGGACCUCAAAGAUCUCGACUGGCUGGAGUGCCACGUCACAUCUCUCCUUACCCAUGGCGGCGGCGUCGCUUCAGGGAAUAAGGCUGCUGAGGUUGCAAUUGAUGAUGGUGCUGUUUCCGCCGGUACAACUGUUGCUGCAGGUAGUACCACCGUUUCAUUGGAGCGGAAAAUAACCAAAACACUAGGAAGGAAGAGGAAGAAGGCGAGUGAAGUUGCCGUUGAUGAUUCUGCUGUUUCCGCCGGUACAAUUGUUGCUGCAGAAGGUACCACCGUUUCAGUGAAGCCGAAAAAAUCCAAAACGAAGAAGGCGAAUGAAGUUGCCGUUCAUGAUUCUGCUGUUUCCGCCGGUACAACUGUUGCUGCGGAAGGUACCACCGUUGCAGUGAAGCCGAAAAAAUCCAAAUCGUUAGGGAAGAAGGCGAGCGAAGCUGCCGUUAAUGAUUCAAUUGUUUCCGAUGGUACAACUAUUGAUGCGGGAAGUACCACCUUUACAGCACCCAAAACCUUGGGGAAGAAGGCGAGUGAAGCUGCCGCUAAUGAUUCUGCUGUUUCCGAUGGUACUACUGUUGAUGCGGGACGUACAACCGAGACUUUGGUUUCAGUGAUGCGGAAAAGAUCCAAAGGGCUAGGAAUGAAGACGAUUCACGUUGGUGCUGGUACUACUGUUACUGCGGGAGGUACCACUGAGACUUAAAGCAGUUUGUUUUUACUUUUUACAGUUAUUAAGGUUUAGGAUUUUAAUUACUUCUUUCUUAGUUCUUAAUAUUUUUUAAUUCGUGCCAGAAUUUGAAUUUUAUUGAAAAACCAAAAUAGUAUCUAUUUUCAUAAAUACUGAAAUAGUAGAAAAUAAAGCUUAUUUUGUGCAACAUAAAAAUAUCUUGAAAAUAUAUUUCUUAUAAUUGAUUUUGUUCAGAGUAUUUUGUGCGGUCUAUUUAUCGUCUUUAAUUGCUAUUGAAUAUUCAUAGUACAUACUACAUAGUUGUAACUUGUGAAGGUUGUAUGUAACAAGUGCAGGUACUAAUCUUCAUCUACAAACUUUACUGAAUUAAAUG